AUGGGUAGUGCUUGUUCAUGUUUUUGGAGCGCAUCUCAACAAAACUAAAAUAAUUAAAAUGCAGGAAAUGAAUACAAUUCAAUUCAAAGAGCAAUUUUUGAGCAUCCAAAACAAGUUCUGGAUUCUGUAAGUUCAAUUUCCUCGUGUUCUGAUAAAUAAUCUUCUCGUCCUCAACGAACUGUGGGUUAAAUUAAAACACAAGAUUGGAUUUACUUAAAUAAGAGUGAUAAAAAUGACACUACAAGAAGAGUUAAUAGUAGCUUGAAUGAAAAUAGCUUAAGCCCACUCAAAAAGGAUCAUAAUAACACUUUUUCGGAUUUGUCUGUAGAAUUGAUAGCGGCUGAUUAAGUGAAAUUAAUGAUACCAAGUAAAAUUAGAAAGUCAUCAAGCCGAAGAAGGGUAACUUCCAAGGUUGACUUGUUAAAUAAAGUAAAAUAAAUGAAAUACCAAGAAAAAUUCAAAAGAAGAAAAACUUGA